GGCUUGUAUUCAUGUCGACGUUCAUGGUCUAUGAGAUUGGUCCGAGGAUAAUAAUGAAAGGAUUCGUAGCAGUUGUGUGUCUGUUGAGCGCCGCAACGGGAUAUGUCGCGGUGAGUUGUGCUGUUCUGAUUUCAUGAGAGUGGUUGACUGCUGUGACAGCGUUACAUCAGCUGUUUACUUCACUUUAGAAGAUAUGGCUUCACGCAACACUUUCUUAAGACACAAAGUGUCGUAACACUAUCUUUACGAUAACACAUAACAUAACACUAACGUAUUUUUAAGCUCAGCUAUAAUUAUCUUUUGUUAUCGGACAAAGUGCAGUGAGCUUUUUGAUUGACUCAAUCACUGAGCUUUUGGAGUUUAUUUCGUUCUUUGCAUUGAAAUACCUAGCUACUAAAAUUUAAUUAGUCUCUAAAAAUGUCUACUUGCAAUGGAAGAUUUGCGCCUGAUGGUCUCUUGCAGUCUCCUCCAGUUAUUGAAAACGAGUUCCUAUCCUAAGCAAACCUGUGUGUAGAACUACAGAUAUGAGAAAUCAAAUGUAAUAUGCUACAACAUGUUUUUCAGAGUCACAAUCGAGAACGUGGCCUUGGUGGAAGUGGUAGGGGUGGAGGGGGCCGGUUCGGAGGCGGUGGAUUAGGUGGAGGCCCCAUAAGUCGGGAUGUGCAUGAACAGGAAACAGUGGUGGGCAGCACCAUCGUCGAUGAAAUCAAUCAGUUACUGCUGCACGCCAAUAAAAGUAGGUAUUGCUUAUCCUUAUUUCUGCUCAAUUUUGUGGGUUUUUUUAGUCUUUACUUGCUGACAAUUCAAUUAUCGUAUUCCCGAAUGUAGUAAAAUUGCCUCGUUGAUAUUGAUUUAGCAAGUUUAAUAAGCUAAUUUAAAUAAAAAUUGUACACAUAAAAUAGUUAACGGAAAUUAAUAUAUGAGAUUCUCUGCAUUUUUUUAUUGAAUAAGUGAAAUUCUAUUUAUUACCUUACUGAAUAAAAAGUAUUAUAUCAAAGACUAUAAUAAAUUACUGUAACGAGCAAAAUCAUCAUUAAAAGGUAACUUUAUUGGUCUGUUUUAAUUUUUUAAUUAAAAUCAUUUGUUCACUUUUUUUUCUUUUGUUGGUGACGCGUUUGACUUAAACCAGUUUUCUGGAGCGAUGAUUAUUCCCGACAUGUGCCGCGUCUAAGACAUAGCCUUUAAUCCUAGAAUUUUUUAGUUGGAGAUUAUUUGAUAAACGCCGCUCAAACACUGUAGUUCAAUGCUUGCUGUGCUUGUUUAUUUAUUAACUUUUUUUUAUUUGUUGUUCGUCUAACCGGUCAUAUCUGUUGGUCAUGCAUGUGUAAGCUUUAAAACUUACGAUAUUAUAAUAAUAAAAAAUCUUAUUUUUUCAAAAUUAUUUUUGUUAAUAUGUUUAUAUGAUGCUCAUAAGUAUAUUGACAUCUAUUUUACAUUUAAAAUUACAUGCAUUUGUCGUAAAAUUGAAUGUAUCAACGUUCUGCAACAGCAUGGUUAGUUCUUGGAUUUUAUUAUUAAUCAAAUCCAUCUUUUUAUUUAAUCCAAUGUAGGUAUUACAGCAAAUGAGUUGCUGGCAUCGGGCAACAAACUGAAAUCUCUUUCACAGGCGUGGCUCGACGCACACCAGGUUGAGGGUGAGUAAUAACAAAGUGCGCUUAUUGGGCGCAAAAAAAGAUCUAUUUGGGUCAGUUUCAUUCAGUAUAAUUUUCUUAUAAAGUCUUUUUUUUCUUCUCUUUAAUUGAAUGAUAUAAAAUGGUAUAAUGAUAUAAAAAAGGACGCUACACUGGAAUAGAAUAAAAAUUGCACUUCCAAUUUUAAAGAAUUCCAUGACGUUUUACAUUCGCUAAUUUAAUGAUUUUUUAGAUAAAACAAGUUAAAUGACAACUUAUAACUAUUUUCUUUUUUAUACAAUGAGUAAAAAAAUGCCUUAUUUUUGGCAUUACCAUUAUAAGUUUUUAAAUCACUGGUUCAUGUAACGCUACUGAUCUGAAGGUGUCUUUUGGGCUGAAGACGUAUUUUAAUCUAUCAAAGUCCUGUUCGACCUCGGCUGGCCAAAAUGUCUAAGGCCAUAUUCAACGGUGACUAAGGCCAUAUUCAACGGUGACUAAGAUUAUAUUCAAAGGUGAUUAAGGCUAUAUUUAACAGUGACUAAGGCCAUAUUCACCGGUGACUAAAGCCAUAUUCACCGGUGACUAAGGCCAUAUUCAACGGUGACUAAGGCCAUAUUCCACGGUGACUAAGGCUAUAUUCAACUGGUUAGUAAGGCUAUAUUCGACUGUGUGCAUAUUCAAAGCAGUUAGCUUGCAAGUCCUAUUUGUGGCUGGAAAGCUUUCUCCGUCGUCGGACACACGUUGUCUGGCAUUCUAGUUGGAUUGGGGUCGACUAUGUUUUUCCUAGUUUUGCGCUUUCUUUGGGCGUUAAGGGGUGUGUUUAUUCUCUGAGGAUUGUGCUCUAACAGUAUGAGUCCACCACGUCAGCUUUUACGAUCCAUAGAAAGUGUUUCCCACGAAUUAAGAUGGAACUAUAUGGUUUUGAGCGUCGCUUUUAAACAGACCUUAAAUCGUCUUUUCUGCCCACCAGCUUUGCGUUUCCUUCUGGAGAGUUCAUCGAAAAUAAGUUGUUGUUUUUUUUUUUGAAGUAUGAUGUCUGGCAUUUUCGCAACAUACCCAGCCCAUAGAUAGAUACUGAUAAAGCCGGCCCAUUGCAUGACUUUUGUACAAGGGACUUUGUCCUGCCACCUUAUUGUAGGACUUUUGUAUCAGGGACUUUGAUCUGUCACAUUAUGGUAGGAUUUUAUGUGUUAGGGAAUUUGUUCUGCCUCCUUAUUGUAGGACUUUUGUAUAAGGUACCUUGUCCUUCCACUUUAUUGUAGGACUUUUUUAUCAUGGACUUAGUCCUGUCAUCUUAUUCCAAAAGCUUUCGUAAGCAGCAUGUGUAUACAUGAUUUAGUUUUAAAGUAUUUUGUAUAAAAAAAGAUGAUAUGGGAUGAGAUCGGAAAGGAACAAGAAAAUUCGGAGACAAAAGAGCAUAAUGGGUUUGUGCGUAUCAUUUCAGCUUUCAUAUCAUGCGUUGUUAUCAUGGUUGGGCCAAGUAAACAAAGAUCUGAUAAAGUUCCUUUGAAUUGAGAGUAAAGACAUUAUUUAAAAUAAGAGUAUUCAUUUUAUUUUAAAAUCGUUAUCAUUGGGUAUGUUUUAAUGGACCCUACUUAACUUAUUGGCAUCGAGUUUAGAACAACGAGCAUGUGUAAUAUAAUAUGUGGUAGUGAUCAAGUAAUAAGAAAUCGAUUUAUUACUACCGGUCAUAAAGAUUACGUUGUACCACUGUGCAUUUCCUUUGUAUAAUAUAUAAUCUCCACUAUUAUCAUUUUAAAUAAUACAACGCCUGUUAUUUGUUGUUGUUUUUUUAUUAGAAAAAAAAAUAUUUUAUGUUUCAAUAUUGUUCAGAAUCACUCAUUUAGACUUACCAAAUGUGUAAACAUGUGCUAAUUUAUCCGUCAAGAGACUAAUUUAAAAUGUAUGUUAUCAAAUGUAAACGCAUUGCAAAUUAAAUUUGUGUCAUCAAUUGAGAUUGAAAUGUAAUACUCUGGCGAUUCACUGUAAAAACAAGAGAACACUACACACGCAUAAUGAUAGAUUUAUGAUAGAUCCUUACUUAUUCAUUUGGAAGAUUUAAAUCCGAAAAUUAAAAAAAAAGAUUGGAAAAUUAAUGUAUUAUUUAUUUCAUUUUUUUAAUGCUUGAACAAUGUUUUCUUGAUAAUUCACUACUAACGUAUGCCAUUAAUAGUGUCGUAUCUUGAUAAUUCAAAACUUAUGUAUGACAUUGAGACGUUUAAUUUCCUGAUAAUUCACUACCAAUUAUAUGACAUCAAUUUUUUUUCAUUUCUAGAUACUUCACUAAUAAUGUAAAGCAUUAAUUGUUUCAUUUCUUGAUAAUUCACUACCAAUGUAUGACAAAAAUUAUUAUUAUUUUUUUUUUUUGCAGUUUUUAAUGGAGACGUCAAUAAUUACAUCAACAAAAUUAUCUCAGGAUUCAGUCACGUCACAGCUUUUGAUUUGAUAACCACUGGUAUGAAAACAUUCAUCAAAUAAGAUGACGCAGAAAUAGCAAUCCUAUGCGCCUCUUCCAUUUUUUUUUUAAAAUGUCAUGUAACUUUAAUUAAUGGUAGAGCAUUUAACCCAUUGAGAAGCUCGGAAAAACAACUAUAUUUUGUAUGAUGCAUUACUUUUGAAAAGAGCUUUGGGCAAUUUGAAUGUUUUAGGUUAAUAUUUGUGCGAUUUAUUAAUUUUUUUUUUGAUGAGUUGCUUUUUCUGUUUUUGUUUUUCUAGUUUGUUUGUCACACCAUUCCAACAAAAUUUUCAUAAAAUUCUUAAAGACAGGGAUUGAUAAAAUAAUUUUAUAAAAUUGUAUCCUUUUAACAUUAAUUAUGUAUUACGUACUGUUAAAAAUAUUUUUUUGGAAAGACAAAAGUGUACUUGUGAAUUUAAUUUAAAUGGUAUUACUUUGUUUUUAAAAUCAUUUAAACUGUCAUUUAUGUUAAUAAUUAAUUUUAAAAAGUAUACAACGACACUUUCGGUUUCCUUUCACGUCAACUUCUGUAAAACUAAAUUGUAUCAUACAUUUCAAUGACACAGAUGCCCUAGGGGAAGAGGCUAAGAGAGUGACUUUAAUCCUGCAGUUGUUGAAGAUUUGUGCCGACGAAAUUCAAAGAUCCGAAGGUAUUAUUAAUGUCCAACAUUAUCCCUUUUCUUUUUUACUAUUAAAUGAUAGACACGUUCAACAUGUAAUCGUAAUAGUUAAAACAAAACGUGGCAGUGUUAUCCAAAAAAAAAAUGUUUUUCGGCUUAUAAAAUUCAUUUCAUUAUGUGUGAAGGUGUAUAGUUGUAUGUGGUUGAAAAAAGAUUGUGUGGAAUGUGUGAGCGUGUGUGUGCGUGUCUGCAUGCGGGAAAGAAAGACCUGCGAUAUCAAAUUUUAAGGCAUAACAUACAAGUUAACUCUCCGAGUUAAUUCAACCGAAUAUGUGUGUCUACUAACUUUUUAAAUACGUUUUUUUGUAAAUAAGGUAGAGAUUUUUGCGAACGCUUCAAAAUAUGUGUUUAUUUUAACAUUAAUUAAAAACUGAAGAUAUAAUUUAUUUGUACCCACAUGUGUAGAUAAAGGUGAGGACGAUACACACAUUGUGAGGGCUGUCUCUCUUUUGGCAGACAAACUUAUCACUGCUACUGAAAACUCUGGUUAGUCAAUGUUUAUUUCAAAAUCUUUGUAACUGUCAAAAAUAAUGGAUGUAUGAUAUACAUUAAUAAAGAAAUAUAGAUAUAUAUUCUUUAUUUUUAAUUAAAUAUGCAGCCCAACUUGAAAUUAUAGAAAAAAUUAUAGAUGAAAUUAUAGAUUAAAUUAUAUAAAUAAAUAAAAAAUGUAAAGACUUCAAAAAAAAAAUAAUAUUGACUUAAAUUAAAGCUAAUUUUUUUUUAUUUCAAAUAUAAUUGAUGUCUCAGCUUGACCUUUCUCAUGUAGCGGUUAUACAUUUUCUAGAUUUAUACAUAAAGUUUUUUAAAGUUUUUAUCGGCUUAGUCCUUGUCUUACAUAAUUUGUUCAUAAUAAUAUAAUAUGAGUAAACGUAUUUUUUAUGUAUGUGUACGCUGCAUCAGAUAUAUGGAUUCAAUAUAAAAAGACAGAAUUUAAAAACAAAUAUAUAUUUCAUUACUGGUUUGAAUUGAAUACAUUUUCUUAUGAAUUUAUUUGUUCGCGAAUGAGCGCCUAGGCCGUCCAGACAAAAAAAAAGAAACGACAUCGAUAUGACUUUUUUUCUUCUAUGGAAGCAUACCAAACAAAUGAAAAAAAAACUCAAUUUGUUCUUAUAAAUCAAUCAGCAUAAAGACGUGUUUAUCAAUAAAAAUCCUUUUUUCCAUUGAUUUUGUUCUUCUUAAUCGGCAUUUUUUAUUGUAUGUAUCUUAUUAAAAAAUGUAUUGAAUCUUGAAAAAUAUAAAUAUAAAUAUUAUUUUUACAGCGAUCAAAUAUUUGAUCUUAAAAAGAGGUAAAGUUUUAAUAACACGGUGCUCAUUUAUGGAACUGUAAAAUAAUCGCUAAUGCAUAAACUGCCUGAUAUAAAUAAAGAAAAUAUUAGGUUAGAAAUUGGGGGGUUAUUAUAACUUUAAGGGAUUAAAACGAUGCAUAUGGCUGAGACCAGAACCAGUGGUGUGUCUCAGGAGCAGGGCGAAGUUUUUGAUUGCCCCGCAUGUCAAUUUUGUAAUUGUUCAUUACUAACAUAAUAUUGAAGAUGAGAGUUGGGGGCUGGUGGGGUGCCACACAUUUUUGAGUACGUCCAGGGCUUUAUUUAGCCAAGAUGAUCCUAGAUAAGCCCGUUGAAGCGGGGCGUCAAUGGAAAGGCUGGUCAUCAUAUCUCGUAGAUAAUCACAGGGUCAUACAUAUGUGGUAUAAUAAUUGUUCUUUAUUUUUUAUUGUUUUUUUUUUCAUUUUUCAGUUGACCUGUACAAAGUAACUGUAUAUAAUAGCGAGGCUAAGAAAAGGG